UAUCGAAUCGAAUAUGCAACUAAAAUUAUUUUAAAUAAUCCAACACAUAAUUGCAGAAUGUAUACGGUAAAUUCAGAUACCAUUAGAAAAAAAUAGCUCUUUAAUGCUUUUUAGUGCAUAAAAAAUACCACUUAAAACAGGAAAAAAAGUGAAAAGCGGAGAAAACAGCAUUAAUUAAAGCAGCAGCGAGGGGGAUUAUCUGGAAAAGAACAAGUCAUCCAACCAAUCAGCGAAUUCCAAAUCAGCUCAACUCCCCUGCCCUCCCGUUACUGCCACGUUGCCAACGCGGUCCCCACUUCCCCAUCCGCGUCUCGCUGUCGUCAUCAUCAUCCUCUCCCUCCCUUUUUCUCCAUUAAUUAUAAAUUCGCUCACCUACUAAUUAUAAAUUAAUCCAAAACAAAUUACAUUUAGCUUAAAUAAAUCAGUAAAUUAAACUCCUAAACCCUCCUUUUUCUCUCUUAUGAAUUCCCCAAACUUUGACAAAUCCACACGCAAUCGCCAUUUUUGCUUUUAAUCAGCAAAAAAAAAGAAAGAAAAAAAAAAUCAGUCGCUUUCACUUUCCCGGAAAUUUCCGCCUCGCUUAACUUCUCCCCUACUUUUCCUUCCCUUCCUUUAUAACUCCACUCUCCUUCUCUUCUCCACUUUCACCAUUUCAAAUUCCCUGUUACUCGAAUCACAGUAAACCCAGUUUCGUGAAAUCGGAUUCGAAUUUUCAGAGAUGGACAACAAUCAGCAAUCGUCGUUCUGGCAGUUCAGCGACCAGCUGAGGGUGCAGGCCAACAACCUAGCGAACCUCUCGCUCAACGAUUCGAUCUGGAGCAGCUCCUACGCCAACAAGCGGCCGGAGCAGCGCCGGAACUUCGACAUCCGGGUCGGAGCCGAGCUCAACAGCAAUUCUCCUUCUCCUCCCAUCGCCGCCGGCAAGCCCCAGGUAGGCUCCGAUUGGAACGGAUUCAACGACGGCUGGAAGGUCGGGUCGGGUUCGGUAACCGGGUCGAACAACAAUUUUACCGGUUUGUUGAAUAACAACAACAACCACUCCGUCAUCGGCGGCGGCGGGGGAAGUGGAUCUCACCCGAUGAACGUCGGGCUGAACGGCGGGUUCAAUAAGGGGAUCUACUCCAAGGGUGGAUUGAACAACGGGGGUUUCAAUUUUAAUGUGAAUCCGAGGGCCGGGAAGAACGGUAAGGGUUUUGGGAUUGAAGAUGAGCAGCAGAAUCAUCUCGUCGGCGGGAAGUUCGGCAAGAAGAACGGCGGAAAGAAGAACAACGAUAGCAACGAUACCGGGAAAGAAGGGAAAGACGGGAAACAGAAUGGGGUUGACAAGAGGUUCAAGACUCUUCCGCCGGCAGAAGCCCUCCCCCGGAACGAGACGAUCGGCGGGUAUAUCUUCGUAUGUAACAACGACACCAUGGCGGAGAAUCUCCGCCGGCAGCUCUUUGGUUUGCCGCCGCGUUACAGGGACUCGGUGAGGGCGAUUACGCCAGGAUUGCCGCUUUUCCUCUACAACUACUCCACCCACCAGCUCCAUGGAAUUUUCGAGGCAGCGAGUUUCGGCGGGUCGAACAUCGAUCCCUCAGCAUGGGAGGACAAGAAAUGUGCAGGGGAAUCAAGGUUCCCUGCACAGGUCAGAGUGGUAACCAGGAAGAUCUGCGAGCCACUGGAAGAGGACUCAUUCCGGCCGAUUCUCCACCAUUACGACGGCCCAAAGUUCCGCCUCGAGCUCAACGUGCCCGAGGCGCUCUCGCUUCUCGACAUCUUUGGUGAUCAGAAGGCCUGAACAUAAUACCAGCAACCUGAUGAAGGAAGAAGUCCUGAAACAAGAGAAUGGGAAAUUGAAGGAGGAGAUUACUAUAGAGGGUUAGUUGUUACAGGCAAAUAUGGACCAUGGAAACAACUACAGUACAUGACAUGAAGAAGAAGAAUGGGAAGGAAAUUCUAUACAUAGAUGAAUAUGUAUACAGUUUAUAUAUAUAUGUGUGUAAGCCGUAUUUCCAUGUAACAUAUUUUUGGGAUGUGAGGGCUUCCUCGAUAUAUAUAUUCGUCCUUCUAGUUCGAUGUUCAUGUUGUUUUGGCGCAUAUAAAUAAUCAAAAGAAUAUCUAAUAAGAGCUCAAACUUGUGUUGAUGAUCACUGAUCAGUUCUUCCUUCCCCAUGUACUGCAGAAAUUACUCACAGGAGCUUUCCCUUUCUAGGGCUCAAUCUCUCUUUUGCAAGAUCACUUUUUUUUGGCUUUGCCUUCUAAAGUGAAUGAAUGCUCGUAGAUCACUCUUGAGUCUAGCUAAAGAGAAAGGUUCGCCUUUACUUUCAUAUAUAAAGGCUUUGCUUGCUCUAUACGUCAACCUUUUAACAUGUCUUGUUCAUGUCAUUUAUCCAUUUCCUUGCGAUGAAAGAAAAGCAGGGUGCCCACUGCUCUCUCUGUCUGUUUCUUCCUCUGUUCAUUUUGCUUUCCACUUUCUAACCUACUCCACAGCAGCUUUAGUUUUAUCAUCUAAUUUAAGUGCUGCCAAAGUGCGGAAUGAGACGAAUAACGUAACGAAUGUGAAAUGAGUGAAAUGUCCGAGAUACGUUAAAAAGGUAAAGUGACAAGGUGUCACGAGAUAUACGCGCGCACGUAGAAUUCGAUGGACUCUUUAUGUAUAGCUCCAUCUAAACCUAUAUGAUCAUGUCGACGGAUUGUGAGCAAUAUAUGCUUUGAUUUUCAUGAACAGAAAUCCAUCGAUUUUCAUGCCUGUAGGGUUGUUUGAUGACACGUAGCUUAGAAGUUUCCUUAGCAUCAAAAUUCAACUUGUAUCGCCCAUAGAAAUAGAGAGGUGAGGGACAAGGCCAGAUUCGACUUUCUUCCGGGAGGGAAUGAAUGAAAAAGCAAGUG